AUGGAGUUCCUGCGGCGGACUGUUGCGGACGCACGGCUGCGGCUGCGGGUCUCUGCGACCGUCGCGGCCGGCGGCCCGCUGGCGGAGGCCCUCGCGCUGGCGGAGCGGCACCCGGCGGUGGUUCUCGCGGCCCUUCGCGACGGCCUCGCGGACGCCCCGGCGCCUGCCGCCCAGCAGCGGCUCCGCCUCCUCGAGCGCCUCGUCGACGCCGGCGGGUACAACUUCCACCGCGCCGUGGCCCGCGACACCGCCCUCCACGCGCAGCUCGUGCGCCUCGCAGCCGCAAGGGCCGAGACGGAGGAGCAGCGGCGAACACGCCGGCUUGCGCGCCUCACCGUGCUGGAGUACUCACGCAUGUUCGCUGAUGAUCCAGAGCUCCGCAGCCUCACAACUUUAUUGGAGGCGGUAGAGAAGUGUACAGGCAGGAGUCUCCUGCGAUCUAUAGAGGUGGAGAACAAGAGAGUUACCUUCAUCGACCCUCGUCCAGAGGAUAUUAUAUUAAUUAGUCCAAUUAGGCGAUCGGCAAAAGAUUUGCCAACGCAGGUGAAGCCAUCAACAUGGUCAUGUCAUAUUUGCACUUAUAUGAAUAAACCCACCUCAACAAAAUGCUUCGCAUGCAAGACACCAAGACCAACUCGUCCGUCAUCACCGCCACCACCACAAACUGUAACUGCAACUGCAACUGCAUCGCUAUCUAGUGGAAAAACAAAUGGUGUAGCUGAAACAGAGGAAAAUAUCUACAAUGGGGUUGCUUGUCACAGUCCUCUAAGUGGCGAAAUUAAUACUGGUGUUGUCGCAAACAAAGUUUCUUCACCGGAAAAAGAGGAUGAAUCUGCUUCGGCAUUUGUAGAAGAAAUUGUUGAUGAUGAGAUUGCAGAUGUGAAAACAGACGGAUUAGGCGUGGAAAAGUUGGAUGAUACUGUGUAA